AUGAGCACUGCAGCGACGACAGAGGUGCUUUAUGCGCUAACGGUCGCUAGGUCGCCGACCAGACCUAGCCCCGAAGAUGUGCUGGCGAAGAACCAUCACACUAGUACUGGGUUCCGAAACCCAUGGGAGUCUUACCGUCAUUUGUCUUCCAAGGAAAUCACGCAAGCGAUGAUCUCUCGUCGAUUGAGUGGCAAGGCAAAUAACCCGGAUACCACCCCGCCAACCGUCACCGUUCGCGACUCACAGUUUCUUCCUACUCGAGACACUCCCAAGCUCCGAGCGACAUGGCUCGGCCACGCAUGCUAUUAUGUGGAAUUUCCAGGCGGCCUCCGGGUGUUGUUUGACCCCGUGUUUGACGCGCGUUGUGGACCAGGCUAUGGAGGUCUUGUUCUCGGCCCGAAACGCUUCACUGAUCCUGCCUGUCAGGUUAAGGAUAUUCCUUUUAUCGACGUCGUAGUUAUCUCCCACAACCACUACGACCACUUAUCCUACCCCACCAUCAGGGAGAUUGCUAAGAGGCACCCCAACUGCCAUUUCUUCGCCCCGCUUGGCAACAAGGCUUGGUUCCACAGCUGUGGCAUUCAGAAUAUCACCGAGUCGGAUUGGUGGGAUGAAAUUGAUAUUGCCCUGUCACCAAAGGAGAACAAGACCACACAGGUCGAGCCGAUAGGCGAAGCUUCAACCACGGCAGAGAUCAAAGCGCGCAUCAGUUGCCUGCCCAGUCAACAUAUUACUGCCCGCACUCUUUUCGACCGUUCCAAGACUCUAUGGGCUGCCUGGUCCAUUGAAUCUGGUGGUAGCAAGGUUUAUUUUGCUGGCGAUUCCGGUUACCGAUCAGUUGAAGAGCUACCUGAGGGAGAAGACGACUGGGAUCCGAAGUAUCAGUUCCCCAUCUGUCCUGCCUUCAAGCAGGUCGGUGACUUCCGCGGACCGUUUGAUCUUGGCUUGAUACCCAUCGGAGCCUACGCUCCUCGUCACUUCUUUAGUCCAGUACACGCUGACCCUCAUGAUGCCGUCCACAUUUUCCGAGAUACGAAGUGCGAAAAGGCACUGGGUAUGCACUGGGGAACAUGGGUCCUGACCGAGGAAGAUGUCCUGGAGCCCCCCAAGAAGCUCAAGGAAGCGCUGAAGAAAAACGGCCUCCCCGAGAGCGGCAUCUUUGACGUGUGUGAUAUCGGCGAGAGCCGUGAAUUCUAA